AUGUCAAAAGUGACCAGGUUUGAUUGGGAACUGUUUGUUGCUUUGCGUCUGCAUCAGCUUAUGGAGAAUCGAUUCAGAAUUAUUAGAGAAUCUGAUCUCUUAAUGAUGGAUAAUGCAGCUUCAGAAGCAGUUUUCUUACAUGGCGACUUGGAUCUCUGGAUUCUUGAGGCAAAAGCUCUCCCGAAUUUGGAUCUUUCCACGGAGACUAUGCGAAAAUGCAUUACCAUGGGCAACAGCUGUUCCCCUCCCUUUGUGAAAGGGCUCAAGACACAGUCAGGGAGACACAAAAUGAUUACCAGCGACCCUUAUGUGUCCGUGUGCCUCUCCGGGGCUACCAUUGCUCAAACUAGGAUCAUUCCUAACUGUGAAAACCCUUUGUGGGACGAGCAUUUCUUAAUUCCGGUUGCUCACCCUGCUCAGAAAUUGGAGUUCCAUGUCAAAGACAAUGAUGUUCUUGGUGCUGAGCUCAUUGGAGUAGUGGAUAUAUCUGCUCACAAGAUUUUGUCCGGAGGCAUCAUCGACGAUUGGUUUCCAAUCGUUGGCCAGAAUGGAAACUGCUUGAAACCCUAUCCUGAGCUGCAUCUGUCUAUCCAAUUUAGGCCAGUUGGGGCAGAAGAGACAGGUUCUCUUGGGGUUCCUGAUACCUAUUUUCCUCUCCGAAAAGGAGGGUCUGUCACCCUUUAUCAAGAUGCACAUGUACCGGAUGGUAAGCUGCCUGAGAUUCCACUUGAGGAUGGGAAGGUCUUUCAGCAUGGCAAGUGUUGGGAAGAGAUUUGCCAAGCCAUUUUGGAAGCUCACAACCUCAUAUAUAUUAUAGGGUGGUCGGUUUAUCACCCAGUGAAGCUUAUCAGGGAGCCAUCAAAGCCCCUGCCUUCUCAGGCAGAGCUUUCACUUGGAGAGUUACUGAAAUACAAGUCGCAAGAAGGGGUCCGCGUGGUCAUGCUCAUUUGGGAUGACAAAACCUCUCAUGACAAAUUUCUUUUGAAAACUGAUGGUGUCAUGCAGACUCACGAUGAACAAACUAGAAAGUAUUUUAAGAACUCCACUGUGCAUUGUGUGCUAGCUCCACGUUAUGCAAGCAGUAAGCUCAGUGUUUUCAAGCAACAGGUUGUGGGAACCCUUUUUUCUCACCAUCAGAAGUGUGUGCUGGUAGACACUCAAGCUUCUGGGAAUAAUCGGAAAAUAACUGCUUUUAUUGGUGGCUUGGAUCUCUGUGAUGGGAGAUAUGAUACUCCUGAGCAUCGGCUUUUCGAUGAUCUAGAUACUGUCUUUCACAAUGAUUUUCGUAAUCCUACAUUCCCGUCGAAUUCGCGUGGGCCAAGGUUGCCAUGGCACGACUUGCAUUGCAAAGUCGAGGGUCCAGCUGCAUAUGAUAUAUUGAUCAAUUUUGAACAAAGAUGGAGAAAAGCAAAAAAAUGGCGUGAUUUUCGGCUAAAAAAGGUGACAAAGUGGCAUGAGGAUGCUUUACUAAGCCUAGAACGCCUUUCUUGGAUGCUCACUCCAUUUUCGAGUCCUGAUGGUGAGAAAGCUGUCUAUGUAACCGAUGAACAUGAUCCUGAGAGUUGGAAUGUGCAGGUAUUUCGGUCCAUAGAUUCAGGAUCCGUCAUGGGUUUUCCAAAGAGUGUUGAGCAAGCAAAGGCUCAGAACCUUUUCUGUGGAAAAAAUUUGAAAGUAGAUAAAAGCAUUCAUGCUGCUUAUGUAAAAGCAAUAAGAUCAGCAGAACACUUCAUCUACAUUGAGAAUCAGUAUUUCCUGGGGUCCUCGUAUAAUUGGCAUUCACACAAAGGUGCAGGUGCAAAUCACUUGAUUCCCAUGGAAUUGGCCUUAAAAAUUGCCAGCAAGAUCAUCGCCAACGAACGUUUUUCUGCGUAUAUAGUUAUACCAAUGUGGCCAGAGGGAGUUCCCGGUAGUGUUGCUAUUCAAGAAAUUCUGUUCUGGCAGGGACAGACAAUGUCUAUGAUGUACAAGAUUGUUGCUGAUGCUCUUAAAAAAGCAGGUCUUUCUCAUCACUAUCAUCCUCAAGAUUACCUCAAUUUUUACUGUCUUGGAAAGCGUGAACCUUUGUCUUCAGAUAUUCCAUUGCCAACUCAGACAUCCGAAAAUCGUGGUUUGCCAAAUAACUCAUCCAAAAAAUCAAGACGUUUUAUGAUUUAUGUUCAUGCCAAAGGAAUGAUAGUUGAUGACGAGUAUGUUAUCAUGGGAUCUGCAAAUAUUAACCAGAGAUCCAUGGAUGGUUCAAGGGACACAGAAAUAGCUAUGGGAGCUUAUCAGCCAAAAUACACAUGGAAAGAGAAGAAUUCUCAUCCACAUGGCCAGGUGUAUGGUUACAGAAUGUCACUGUGGGCUGAGCACCUUGGUAGCCUUAAGGAAAUAUAUGAAGAACCAAAGAGCCUAGAAUGUGUUAGGUAUGUGAACUAUAUAGCCAAACAAAACUGGGAUGCAUAUGUAUCAGAGGAAGGGAAGGAGCUGAGGGGACAUUUGAUGCAGUACCCGAUUAUGGUAGGCUCUGAUGGAAAAGUGAGCCCGCUGCCAGAUCAUGAGUACUUUCCUGAUGUUGGUGGUAAAGUUCUUGGAUCACCCAAUUCGCUUCCCGAUGCACUAACCACAUGACAUGAUAUCAUACACAAAACUCCCAACCCAAUUUGUAUUCCUAAAAUAUGAUUGUAUGUGAAACAUUCUGAAAAUAUCCUUCUGCUAUGUAAA